AUGAACUUGAAGCAGUUCACGUGCCUAUCAUGCGCACAACUAUUCGCUAUCCUACUCUUCAUCUUUGCCUUUUUCCCCAGAAAAAUCGUGUUGACAGGUAUAUCGCAGCAGGAUCCGGACGAAGAUCGCGAUCUGCAGCACAAUAGGCCCUUCCAAAAGUUGGUGUUCGUGAUCAUCGACGCCCUCAGAUCAGACUUUCUUUUCGAUGCGCAGAUUUCCCAUUUCAACAACGUGCACCAAUGGCUCAAUACGGGCGAGGCCUGGGGUUACACGUCCUUUGCUAAUCCUCCUACAGUGACAUUGCCAAGACUGAAGAGUAUCACGACGGGGUCUACUCCUAGUUUCAUUGACUUGCUGCUGAACGUUGCACAGGAUAUAGACUCCAACGAUCUUUCGGAACACGACUCCUGGCUGCAACAGUUCAUCCAGCAUAACAACACGAUCCGCUUCAUGGGCGAUGACACUUGGCUGAAACUCUUCCCGCACGAAUGGUUUGACUUCGCCGACCCUACGCACUCCUUCUUUGUCAGCGAUUUCACUCAAGUCGAUAACAACGUAACAAGGAACUUGCAGAAGAAGUUGUUCCAGGAAUGGGCUCAAUGGGACGUGGCUAUUCUUCAUUACCUAGGUCUUGACCAUAUAGGUCAUAGGGAUGGCCCGCAUUCGAAGUUUAUGGGCACGAAACACCAGGAAAUGGACAGCAUCUUGAAGUCCAUAUAUGAUCAAGUGCUGGAGCACGAAAAUGACGAUGAUACAUUGAUCUGUGUUCUUGGUGACCAUGGGAUGAACGAAUUGGGCAACCACGGCGGCUCCUCAGCGGGCGAAACAUCAGCGGGAUUGUUGUUCUUAUCACCCAAACUAUCUCGGUUUGCAAAGCCAGAACCACAGGAAACCCAUAUCUUGCCCAUCAAUGGUACUCCAGACCACGAUUUCCAAUAUUUAGAGUCCGUGCAGCAGAUUGACAUCGUCCCCACCAUAGCGGCCCUGUUUGGGAUGCCAAUCCCCAUGAACAGCGUCGGGAUCAUUAUACCCGACUUCCUACAACUGCUGCCCAAUAAACUUGCCAGCAUGAAGGAAAACUUCAUGCAUUUGUGGAGGCUAUCCGACCACCACGAUGACGUAGCUCUCGACGAUUUUACCAUUAAUGAUAUCUAUACUAAGAUGCAUGAUAUUCAAGAAACUUUAACCAGGUCUGCUACAAAUUACAACUAUCCACUUUUGGCAGUGGCCUUCGUCAGUUUUCUCUUCACAACGAUCGUUGCCGUUUAUCAAUUGCAACGGUACUCUGGACCUAGUUUCUGCCAUUUACAUAUUUCUUCCCUGUCUGUAAUAUUAGUUUCCGUCAUAUUGGGCGUUUCCACAUUUGCAAGCAGUUUCAUCGAAGAAGAACACCAACUGUGGUGGUGGAUAGUAACCGCAUCCUCCGUUGUCCCUCUCUUCUUAUACCCAUCGAAUGCUUUCGUUUUUGCACGUUGGUUUAUAAUGAUAGCAUGCGUUCGUUUGAUCAAGUUUUGGAAUAACAGCGGCCAAAAAUUCAUCUAUUCCAACGUCAUGUCUAAUCUACUUAACCAGAACCCUUUUUGGAAAUGGUAUUUAAAUUCCUCGACAUUCCUAGCACUAAUCAUUCCGUCUGCUCGUUCUCAAUUACUGCAUUUCAUUGUCACCACCAUCCUAGUUGGAUUGUGCUUCACAUACAAGAUCUCAUGGGAAAUCGUAAAUGGUAAUCAGGCUGAGAUACCACCCUUCAUGCAAGGAUUGCUAACUAAGAUGGACUUCCUGCCAACUGAAAACAACUUGCUGCUACUAGCACGUGUUUUCUUCCAAGCUUGGUCCAUCGUCGUCAUUUCAAGAUUAGCGUUGACAAAAUUAAAAGUCCUAGACAAGAGGUACCUAAUUGAAGAUAUGAAGCUAUAUAUAACAGUUCUGUUGAUCUUCCAGACGUCGUCUCAAAACAUCGGUCAAUUCAUCAUCUUCCAAAUUCUACAGUCUCAAAUUUACUAUUUUUUCCAACAUCUCCCAACCUCUUUGUCGUUAACCUCACCAAGUGAGGUCUACCUGUCAAGUUUAGUUUCCCUAAUUUUACAAAAUUUUACAUUUUUUCAGUUCGGAGGUACAAAUUCUAUUUCUACGAUAGACCUUGGAAAUGCAUACCAUGGCGUUUCUUCCGACUACAACAUUUACGUAGUGGGAAUACUGAUGUCCGUUGCGAAUUUCGCACCAGCAAUAUACUGGUCCAUGUUGCCGUGGUCAAUAAAUUACGGCUCUGCUUCAUCGCAAAACAAACUACAAACGUUUAUCAUGAGUAAAAUGCCUGCUUUCACCUAUCAUUGCAUCUUUGGCGCUUGCUUAAUGACGGCGUGUAUCUUUUUGAGGUUCCAUCUUUUCAUUUGGUCCGUUUUUAGUCCAAAAUUAUGCUAUUUUCUUGGUUGGAAUCUUGUAAUGGGAUUGUUAAAUGGUUGGCUACCUGAACUGGCCAUUCUCUUUGCCUUAGAUUAG